CGUAUCGUUUCCUUUCUGCGUCUCUUAUCCAUUCCAUUCCCCUUCCAUCUGUUUCUUCCUUCCGCAUCUAGCUAUCGAAAGCUCGAUUGCCCGGAGGAAACCCUAAUAUAAGAAAAAGGGCCAUUCUCCAUUAUCUCUUUCUUCUCUUCUCUCCCCUUUUUUCAGUUUCUGUUCUUCGUUUUCCUCGUUGUUUUUUCUUUUCUUUUCUUUUCUUUUCUUUUCUCGAUUUCAGUAAAGGAAAGGAAAGGAGAAGGAAUCGAGAGCUCUGGCGUUUCGUCUCCUCUGGAGCCAAUGCUGGUGUUUGUUUUUUCCAAAGGUUUCUGGUUUUGAUUUCUGUCUAAUGCAUGUUUUUCUGUUCUGGAAUUAGGAUUUCCGAAUCGACCUACCUCUCCGUGGUGCUGUCAGAGGAUCGAGUGAUAUCCUGGUGAAGACGAAUCUGGUUGGAUUUUAGGGCACAAGUGAAGAUGUCAUUGCAGUAUUCAGUGCUUGAUGACCGGCCCAUUGAUCAGUGGAAAGUAAUGGAGCUGAGGGAGGAGCUGCGGAGACGGAAGAUUCCAACAAGGGGUUUGAAGGAGGAUUUGGUGAAGCGGUUGGAUGAAGCAAUUCGCAGUGAGAGGGAGCCUGUCAAUGAAGAAUUGGGUAAUGGGUUCGAUUCUGAAUCUGAACCCAAGGUUAACUACGACAGCGAGGAGACUAAGCCGCUUGGUACUCAAAUUGUAGAAGAUGGUGUUGAAUUUGUUAAGAGCAGAGGUGAAAAGGUGGAUGAUGAGAUCACCAUGGUUGCUGUUGAUAAUAACAAUGCCGAGGCUCAUCAAGGCGGCAAAGUUCAAGAUGAGGAAUCAUUGGUUAAUGUUGAUACAGAUGGGUUGGUUGAGGAAACAGUCAUUGUUUCAGUUUCAACAGAACAGUGUAUCACAACCAACCAGAAUGUGGCAACUGAGUUACAAUCCAGCCGGCAAGAGCCAAGGAAUGAUGAACCUGAGCUGGGGAAUGAUGAUUCCAAGCCUCACCCCAACAAUGCCAAGCUCAACAUGCCCGAACCCAAUGACCAAAUAUCCGAGGAGGAUUCAAAAUCUAAGCUUGAAGACAUCAAGCUUGACACAUCCGAUCUAAAUAACCAGGUAUCCGAGGAUGAUUCAAAGCCUCUGCUUGAAGCCGUCAAGAUCGACAUGUCCAGUUCGAGCAAUCAGACAUCUGAGUAUUUGAGGGCUCCUCUUGAAGAUGUUAAUUUAUCGGAUCCGAACAACCAGGUACCUGAGGGGAAUUCAAAGUCUCAUCUUGAAGACUUGAAGCUCAACAUUUCCGAUCCAUAUAACCAAGUACCUGAGGAGGAUUCAAAGCCUCAUAUUGAAGACAUCAAUCACCACUUGUCCAAUCCAUAUAACCAAGUACCUGAGGAGGAUUCGAAGCCUCAACUUGAAGACAUCAUGCUCAACGCCUCCAAUCCAACUAACCAGGUAUCCGAGGUCGGCAAAGUAAAGUGUGAGUCAAUUUCUACUGGUACUGUGUUAAUUAAUGACAAGAAUGAACUAAAGGAUAAUUUAAAUGCUGAUAAUUUCCAUUCAGAAAUAAAAUUUAGUAAGCAGGAGAUGGUGAAACCAUCCUCCAGCAAUGUUCCUCCUCUUGGUGGCGAUUUACAUUCAUUGGAUGUUCAAGAGUCAUGUCAGAACAAGGACUGUGUAGAAGGAAUUGAUGACAGUGAUGUUGCAUAUUUGGACCCCAGCCACAAAAAUCAUAAUGCGGAUGGGGGCUUCCCAGAAAAAUUAAACUUAGACCGAAGCUCAGGCGAAGACUCUAUGGAAGAGGAUAUAUUCGAGAGUAAGCAAAUGGAUUCCAAUCAUAAUUCUAAUGAAGCUGUUGAUAGGAAUAAGGUCAAUGAAUCUUAUGUUGCAAAAGAGGGAAGUCCUUUUGAUGCAUUGGUGAUUGGGUUCUCUUCCGAGAAAAAGGAUGUUAUUGCUGAGAAGGACAAUAUUCAGGAGAUUUCUUCUGAGAAAAGAAAUUUUGAAGAUCGAGCUGUUGGGAACAAUGAGCCUUCAAAGAGGCAGCGCAGAUGGAAUCCUGAAACACUAAAAGUUCCUGAACUGCAAAACUCUAAGCGGACACCUUCUACCACACCUAAGGAAGCAGAUCAGUCUACUCCCAAUCUCGUUUUCACCAGGUCUGAUUCUACACUCAGCAGAGAUGCCCCAAAGGAACGCAUCGUUCCGCCGUCGCAGAAAACUCCCACAACUUCCCUGAGGAUUGACCAUUUUUUGCGUCCAUUCACUCUGAAGGCUGUGCAGGAGCUUCUGGCAAAAACAGGAACUGUCUGUAGUUUCUGGAUGGACCACAUCAAAACCCAUUGCUAUGUAAUGUACUCCUCAGUGGAAGAAGCUGUGGAGACUCGAAAUGCUUUGUACAAUCUACAGUGGCCUCCAAAUGGAGGACACCUCCUUACAGCUGAUUUUGUGGACCCCCAAGAAGCGAAGACCCGCAUGGAAGCUCCUCCCCAGCCUUCAGUUGCUCCCAGCCACACCCCAACUGCUGCACCUUCAACCCCUUCCCUCCAACCCCAACAGCCCUUCCUACGAAAAAAUUCACUAAAUCAGUCACUGCCUCCCCCGCCUCCCCUGCCGGUGUCCGGUUUACCACCGGCAAGGGAACGACUACCUCUUCCAUCGUCGCCCCCCAAGAAUCCUGACCCACCUACUCUCACGCUCGAUGAUCUUUUCAAGAAAACCAGAGCCACUCCUCGGAUCUAUUACUUACCAUUAUCUGAAGAACAGGUCGCUGCGAAACUUGCCUCACGGUGCAGGAGCCCCAUGGAGUAGGGACUGAGCUGUUACACCUGAAAGUUUAGAAAAGUUGCUGAUAUUCAUGAUGAUCAAGGUCACCAAAAAGUAAGGUUUUCCACACCGCACUUGGAGGAGUCUUGCAAUCAUCCAGAUGGGGACAGCCCCUGUUAUUGGCAGCUUGGGAACCUUUUCUGCAAGGAAAUAGGGAUUUUGAUUUUUUGUUUAUUUUUCUUUUUAUCUAGAACUAUGCUCUGUAAAAUUGAAUUAUGUACUCACUAAAUUUUGGGUUUUGAAUUUGCCUUAAUCCUCUAACACUAGUAAAGGAAUCAUGUGACUGUUCUAUUUUGGAGAUUCUUUGAAUUGUAUGAAUGACGCAAGUGAUGUCACUAUA